GUUAGGUUAUAAUGUACUGUGAGUCGCUCGCUUGAGGCGCGACGCUUGGCGCUGCUCUCUGUAAAGAUUUCAUCAUAGGUGUCGCCGAGAGCCAGCUGAUAGUACUCCUACACCAGGCCAUUUUUUGUCAUGUCUGCUGCCAUCAUGUCAUCUGAGGAGAAACUGGAAACUGCACCUUUUGAUCCCCGCUUCCCAAAUCAAAAUCAGACUAAGUAUUGCUACCAAAGCUUUGUCGACUACAACCGAUGCCAAAAGAUAAAAGGUGAAGAUUAUGAGCCUUGUGAGUACUUCAAGAAAGUUUUCCAGUCAGUAUGCCCCAAUGCCUGGUUAGAGAAGUGGAAUGACCAGUUGGAGGCUGGAACCUUCCCUGGAAAAAUCUGAAAAUCUUCAUAAUUGACCUUCGUACAUGUGUUAGUUCUGAAAAGAAUGGUGUCUUGAUUCCCUCCUGCUUUUCUUUUAACUGAUAUUUGGGUAAUGCAUUGUGUAUGUUUCAAGGCAUUCCAACACUCAUAUUACACUGAAUUACAGCAUUUCAGGCACUGAAAAUAUGCUUUCCCUUGUCAGAAUUACAAUAUCAUUUGAUUAAUAUUCAAAAUUAGGGAGGUGUGUUGUAGAUAUAUGUACAUUAAUUUUUUAUAAUGUAGAUAAUGGAAAAACUGCAGUGACGAGUGUAAUUUAACUUAUUCCUGUGUGCUGUUCAAAUAAAAAUAUGACCAGGUA